AUGUCGGGGCACGACGUUCAGCAAGAAAAGUCAGGCACGUUGAGUUAUUUUCCGGAUGCACCGGAGAUUGCUGCAUCGCGGCUUGCGGACACGCGAGGGAUGUAUCCAUACGAACAGAGGCCCCGCGAGCUCGACUGCAGGAGGAGGAGGAGCAGCAGCAGCACCAUCAGCAUCGGCGUCCACAUCACACCGCCCCGUGUCCCCGAGCAGACUCCCCGCGCCCCGGUCCCUCACCGCAACACGUCCUACAACACGCACCGUCUCCGGCGCCAGCGUCGCCGGCAGCACGGCGGCCACAACCGCCUCCGAGGCGCCCAAGAAGAAGAGACCAAACCCCUUAUCGUCAUUGCUAAGCAGGAGUUCCUCGACGCGUCAACUAGCGUCCGCGACGACGACGUCAACGAGACAAAGAGAUGCGACAGCCACGGCAGGAGGAGGAGGAUCAACCAGCUCGGGACCAACAAGCGCCCCCUUAAGCAGGACAAGCGCGCUCUCAGGCCUCACAAGGACGUCUUCGACGAGAGAACCGGGCCUGACGCGGACUCGAUACCCCGCAAACGCCUCGACGAGCAACCUCAGCCUCGUCUCGUCAUCCAACACCGCAGCAGCCAGAGCCGGUGCUGGUUCCGGACCGUCGACGCCGACGACAGCGAGGCCGACCACGUCAGGCGGUCUACCAACCUCGAGACGCGCCGCCGCACCAGGGGCGACAUCGACAUCGACAUCGACAUCGACAGCCACAGCAACAGGAGCAGCCGGGACACCAUCCUCCGACCCCCGUCGUCUACCGGGGCCGUUGCCGCACCGAGGUCACGCCCGACGUCCCUGUACGGAGCACCUCCCGCGUCUUCCUACCCAUCCUCAUCAGCAUCAACAACGACCGCGAGACCCCGUCCGCCCUCAGAAACAGACCGCCUCUCCUCAAAACCAUCCGUAUCCUCCCUCUCCUCCGCAACAACCACAACAUCAACACGCACAGCCCGAGCAGGCAGUAUCACAACAGCACCAUCCCGCCAACCCCCAAAACAAUCUCAACCACCACAUCUCGCCCGCCAACAAGCCCAACAACGACACCCCUCCCCGGCCUCACCACCAAGAACAACAAAGCCAUCCGUCCUCCGCCCAGCCUUCUCCACCCUCCAACAGCACUACUCCCCCGCCAAAUCCCUCGCGCCCAAACCCCUAACAGCAACCUACCUCGCCGCCCCGUCCCCCUCAAAACUCCCCGCCAACGUCGCCCUCACAGCCGAGACCUCACGCCUACAAACCGAGCUCCUCCAGCUCCACCUCCUCCACCGCGACCUGCCGCAAGUCACAUCCCAAUGGCACGCCAGCGCCCGCUCCAAACUCGCCGCGCGCCACGCCGACCUCGCACGUUCUGCAAGGGACCUCGCGGCCCUAGAAUCCGACGCCGCAGAGCGCCGUAACCUCGCCGCCCUACGCAACUGGGCGACGACACCAACAUCAUCAUCCGCCGGCGGCGGCAAGAUAUCGUCCCUACCCCUGGAAGACCGAAUCCAACGCCUAGACGCCCUCCUCACAUCCCUCUGGUCCCUCGACAGCCCAGGCGGCAAACACCACCGCCUCGUCCGCGCCUUUGAGCGCUGGGCCUCCACCCUCUCCGACCUCGAAGCCGCGCGCGCCCGCGCCCAAGACAGCGCAGACCCGUCCGCUCUCCUAGACGGCAACGCCGACGUCCGUUUCGGAGGCGGUCUCGACGCGCGCUGGAAGGACGAUGCCGCGGCGCUGGUGAGACGUCUCGAGGGGUGGGAUGCCCAGCUCAGGGAGUUAGAGUAUCGCGGUGACGACGACGGGGGAGAGAACGACGGAGACGCGGCUGUUGGUACUACCACGCAAGCGUCGAGCCUAAAGCGCAUGUUGGGCGGGUGCGGCAGUCUCGUCAGGGACAUGCUCGACGAGCUGGCCGUCAUGGAAGACAUUGAGGCGGCCGCGGUAGAGAGGGAGAAUGAAUGGAUUAAGAGGAUGAAUAGGGAGGGAGACGACGGCCGCGGCCGAGAUACCCAGAGAGCCGGUGCCAUUUGGAGAGUGAUUUAA